AUGUGGUUAUCUGGCAUCACCAUCAUUUAUGGCCCUGAAUUUAUUUAUAUGCUACCGCGUACGGUCCGCGAGCGCCCCCUAGCGGCGAGGUCCCCAGCAAUGGAUCGAAAAAGUCUCAAAGUCCCGACAGAGACAUCUGGUCGACCCGCAGACUCUGCGACGGAGUCCAGGGACGGGUGCCAACACCCGUCACGGGACACGCCCCGCGGCCCGGACGUCGUCCUCCGUCCACUCUCGCACCAGGUUCCCCACGAACGUGCGUUGCGUGACGGGCGAGGGGGCGGCCGCCUUUCCGGCCGCGCCCCGUUUCCCAGGACGAAGGGCGCUCCGCACCGGACCCCGGUAGGAGAGCGCGGCGGGGCGAGGAGGGACGCCGCCGCACGGCGAGGCGCCUCCUCGCCCAGCGUGGGGACCGGACGUACCAGGCACGCGACUCGUUGGGCGGGGGAAGAGAGGGGGUGGUGGGGGGAGGAAGCCGUGCGGACACGGAGACCACCCCCCACACACACGCGACCCACCGCGGCGAGGCGGUCGGACCGCCCCGGACCGCCCAGUGGCCGGCCGCAAAAGCCAGGCGCCCCGCGCGCGGCGGACGCCGGAGCGGCGGACGGUGGGGCGACGGCGCCGCCACAACCCCCCCACCGCAGCGCAACGGCGGCGAUUCCACGGCGGGCCGGGCGCCCCGGGAAGCGGGGCCAGCGCGAGAGUCCCCACCACGACGGCCGGUCACGCCGCCGCCGCGCCCGCGGCACCCCCCCGGGAACGGAGGCGGGUCGGGCCGGAGCCCGUCCCGGCCCGUCCGGAGGGCGCGGGAGCGUCGGGGGAGCAACCCGGGACAACGCGUCCCCGCCCGGACAAGGCCCCCCCGGGCGGGAAACCGCGCGACCGGAGGGUCGCCCCUGGCGACGGACGGCCGUCGGAGAGACGACACCGCCUGGCCCGCGACCCGGGCGCGCACGGGCACCGAACCGGGUCGGGCCGCCGCAGCGUGGGGGAGGGGGCGCGGACGCCGGCGCGCCCCGGACCGCGCCGACUCGCAACGCCACCGCGGGCGGGCGCGACGGACGCCAGGGAGGGGGCCGCGACGGCCCCGGGAGUGACGCGACCACCGUGAGGGACGCGGAACCCCGGGUCGGAGACCGGGACGGGAGAGGAGGCCGAGAAGGGCCAAGGCCGCGGCGAGGGGAAGGAAGGCGAGAGAAAGGCGACGGUGAAAGGGGCCCGCUGGCCACCACGAGGGGCCAGGGGAAGCCUCGGGGAGGCGAGCCCGCCGGCAACCGAGACACGCGAGGGGUCUCACCAGCCCGCGGCCUCCGAGCCACGAUGCGGUCCCGCGGCGCCCAGAGCGACGGGCCGGCCCUCGGCGACCCCCGCGCACCUCACGGGGCUCCGGGUCCCGACCGCCGCGGUCGCACCCGACAGAGAAAAGUCGCCUCACGACCACGCGCUCGCCGGCCGCCCGCGCGUCGUCCGUCCUCCGCGCGUAGGCCCCCCGCCCGACCGUCUCACGGAGACGGAGGCAACACCGCCCGAGGGGACGACGCCGCCAGCGGCCGCGGCGGCGACGACCCCGCGCACGGGGGAGUCGCGGCUCUUUGA